GUGCACAGGUCAAUAAUUUUACUGAUACGUACGAGGUAUCUGCGUUAACAUUUGCAUGUUUGAACGGACAUGAAGAAUUAAUUCAAUUAUUAUUAGAAUUUGGUGCAAAUAUGGAACAUAGAACUCAAAAUUUUACAGCACUUAUGAUAGUAUCGAUGCAUGGUUAUGUGAAAAUAGCAAGUUUAUUAGUAAACUUAGGAGCCAAAAUAGACAUGCCACAUGAUAGCAAUGAAUCUCCGUUAACAUUAGCAGUUCGCAAUGGUCACGUUGAGAUCGCAAAACUUUUGAUUGAACAAGGAGCGAACAUAGAAAAAAUUAAUGCAAUGGGUUACACACCAUUGAUGCAAGCAGCAUGUGCAGGUCAUAAGGAAAUAAUAGAGUUACUUAUAAGUAAAGGUGCAGAUGUCAAUGCUCGAACUGAUCAAACAGGGGAAACGGCACUAUCGUUGGCGUGUAUCUACGGUUCCCUUGAUAUUGUUACUUGUUUACUUAUGGCAAGGGCUGAUAUCCAGUUGUCUAAUCCUUUAAUUGAUGCUUCUUAUAACGGACACCUAGAUGUUGUUAGACAUUUAUUGAAUACCGCGGCAGAAGUUCAAGCUAAAACAGGAACAGGAGAAACAGCACUGACUUGUGCCUGUGAAAAUGGUCAUACUGACGUGGUUGAUCUUUUACUUCAAUUUGGAGCCGAAUUGGAAUACAAUAUAAAGCAAGAAUACAAUAUGGAUGAAAUAUAUAUAGAUACUAACACUUUCAAUUCCCACUUCUUGAACAACUACCACUAUUUACUCAAGUCCGCCUAUAGAGGAGAUACAAAGCUCAUAUAUUUAUUUGUUCGUAAUGGUGCUGAUAUCAAUAUUCAGGAUGAUUCUACAGGGAAUACACCGCUUAUAUUCGGGUGUAAACGUAAAAAUCUCACCACUGUACAAACUUUAUUGUUUCUCAGAGCGAACGUUGAAAUUGCAAAUUAUCAAGGUGAUACACCAUUAAUGAUAGCGGUUCAAUUUGGAAAUAUUAAAAUUGUCCAGCUCUUAUUAUUAUACGGUUCACGUAUUAACGCUUGUAAUUAUAAAAAUAAAGAAUCUGCAUUAACAUAUGCAUGUUUGAAAAGACACAAAACGAUAAUUGAAAUAUUAUUAAAAUCUGGAGCAGAUACGGAACAUAAGAAUAUUGAAAAAUGGACAGCACUUAUGAUAGCAUCGAUGCAUGGUUACAUAGAAAUAGUAAAAGUGCUGUUAAACUUUGGUGCCAGAAUAAAUAUGCCACUCGACAACAAUGAAUCUCCAUUAACAUUAGCAGUUCGCAAUGGUCAUGUUGAGAUUGCAAAAAUUCUGGUUAAUCAAGGGGCGAACAUAGAAGAAAUUAACAUAGUGGGAUAUACACCAUUGAUGCUAGCAGCAUGUGCAGGUCAUAAGGAAAUGAUAGAGUUACUUAUAAGUAAAGGUGCAGACGUCGAUGCACGAGCUGAACAAACAGGGGAAACGGCACUAUCGUUGGCGUGUAACUACGGUUUCCUUGAUAUUGUUACUUGUUUACUUAUGGCAAGUGCUGAUAUCCAGUUGUCUAAUCCUUUAAUUGAUGCUUCUUAUAACGGACACCUAGAUGUUGUUAGACAUUUAUUGAAUACCGCGGCAGAGGUUCAAGCUAAAACAAGAACAGGAGAAACAGCACUGACUUGUGCCUGUGAAAAUGGUCAUACUGACGUGGUUGAUCUUUUACUUCAGUUUGGAGCCGAAUUGGAAUACAAUAUAAAGCAUGGUAUAACUCCACUAAUGAUAGCUUGUCGUAGUGGUCACUUGAGUACAGUUAAAUAUCUUAUUUCAAAGGGAGCCAAUAUUAAUCAUCAAGAAGAAGUUUUUGAUCACACUCCUCUUUCAUUUGCAUGUACUGCUGGUCAUACUGCCAUAGUUGAGGAGCUUCUUAAGCAUGGCGCUAAUCCAUAUCAUAAGUUAAAAGAUAAUCGGACUAUACUGCUGCAUACAACAAAGGCUGACCACAGUGCUGUUGUCGAAAUUUUAUUAAAAUAUUUAUAGUAACUACCAUGCAUUGUAAACAUAGAGACAUAGAGAGUACAUUUACACAUAAGUUAUUGCUGUUACAACAAGAGCAAUAUCUAUUCUGCCACAUAUUUUAUUCUUAAUUUCAUAUAUGUUUCUGAUAAUAAGAGAAACUAUUCCAAAUUACACAAUAUAAUUUAGCAAAGUAUAUUAGUAUGUAAAUACAAAAUGAGAUACCACUAUGAGAACACCACUAAAAUCUUAAUAUUUGCUUGAUUAUAUUAAUAGCAACAUAGAUCAUAAUAUAUUGCUAGUAUAUUACAACAAUCUUUUUCAAAGACAAAAUGAAAAAUAUGUAUUUAGAAGUUUUUCAAACCAUAUAGUGUAUCACGAAGAAAUUAAUAAAAAAAGAAACCCAUUCCAGAACAAUUAUGUAUUAUCAAUUAUGUAUUGUCCAAGAAGCAUCUAGCGAACACCAAAGAAUCUUUUUUCAUUUUCUUAACAUGAACACGAGUAAUAAUAUAUGGACCGUAUGGACGCAUGGACGCAAGAGCAGAUAAGUCAAGCCAGUGUAGGUGGGCUACACUUUCCAUGGUAUCU